AUGACGGAAGAGACACGCCCGCCGACACCGUCGCCCAUGGAGCUCGUCGUGCAGAUUGCGAGUCUGCACCGUGCCGCCGAAGUGGCGCAGUACUACUGGCUGCAUGAUCCGCCCCCAGACGGCGAGAAGGAACGCAGCGCCAAGACGCUCGAGUCGGCGAGCUGGACGCGCCUGCUCGACGACUUGCACACGCGCCUCCGCGUGCUGAUGGACGUUUCGGGCACGAGCGACGCUCUGCCGAGCCUCGCCCACGUCGACGGUGUGCCGCGCCGCGCAGCGACGCCAACGCACGAUGCAUUGAACGAUACCCUGUCUUCUGACCUCGAAGCGCACCUGCCCCAUCCCCAGUGGGCAGAACGAUACCCCGGCGCGGCCGGCGACUGGCUCAGUGGCGAAAUCGCCCAGCGCCGGCGCCUCGCCGCCGCCCCGAGCGACGAGACGGUUUUUUCGACGCAGACGAUGAUGGAGGCGCUUGUCGCGCCGUGCUCGGGUGCACAGAGCGACGCCUCGUCGUCGUCCUCGUCAGGCCCGUCGUCGCCGGGCAUCCUCACCGAUACCCCUGCGCCGUUUGCCGGCUCGAGCGCCGGCGUGCUUCCGGCGCAGAACGACGUGCCUAUGUCCUCACGCUCGUCGCUGAUGCUCGGCGAUUAUUUUCACUGGCGUGCGAUGCACAAGGAGCCCAUGAGCCGCUCGUCGUCGCAGGACAGGUCGCCGCUCCAGGCGCCGGACCACGACGUGAUCCAGCACGUCCUCGAGGCCGCCACCUGGCAGGCCGAGAACGAUAUACGCGCCGAGCCCGAGCCGCUGCUGCGCAUCGAGCCGGACGACCCGCGGCACGCCGAGCUCGCGCCGCUGCGCGACUGGAUCGACUUUCAGGCGACGGCGCACGCCGUCGCGUGCCUCGCGACGGGCACUGCUGAGCAGACGCGGAUGCUCGCGCGCCUCUUGCCGAGCGCGUCGGUAACGCACUCCCCGGAUACGAGCCUCUUUUCUCUGCACAUGACGAUGCACGACAGUCGCUGCUGCCUGUUUAAUGUGCAGAACCGCCGCGUGAACGAGUCGACGUCGCCGGCAAAUCUCUUGCAGAACGACGCAUCGUCGUGGGCCGCCGCCGCGGACGGCACGGCGCUCAUGCAGAUCCAGUCGACCGUCCACCAAGAUACCCUCGGCCGCCUUCCCCUGCGCCACACGGCCCUUGCGCCGUCGCAUCCGAUGCGCAGCGCUAUCGAGCACUGGGAAGAACACAUGCCGCGCGCCGCCCACUGGUUGCCGGUGCGCGCCUACGAGCCGACGUUGGGAGGGAGCGACACACAGGACACGCGCCUUCUGCGCCACUUUGUGCGCCACGACUAUGCCGUCGCGCAGCGUCUCGCGCGCUCGCCGUACACCUCGGAACAGCUCGAGCUGGCCGAGGCGUGCGUGCGCGAGCCAGGCGCACUGCAGCACGUUGAUGCGCUCGUCGCGAGCCGUGCAGAGACGUACCUGGCCAAGGUGCACGACGCGCUCGCCCCGCCGGCGUCGUACGACGCGCAGAUGUUUACCGUCUCGCGCCUCGUGCUGCGCGCCGCACAGGGCUACAACAUGCAGCUGCACGGCCUCGUGUUUGUGUCGCCCAACGAGAUCACGCAAGAGUCGCUGAGUGUCUAUGACGGCAUGACGCCGGCCGAUGUGCCCGAGUUUGCGCGCCGCUGGCGGCUGCGUGGCCCGGGACUCGACGGGCACGGCGUCGAGGAGCGCGUCGACGCAAAGUCCCCGCCCUUGCUCCCGGUCGCCUACUUUUCGCCCGAGCACCAAGACGGACCAAACGCGCUGAAGCUGUCGUUUGGGCGUGCGCCGAGCGGCGACGGGUGCGUGCACUAUGGCGGCGUCUCGGGGCGCUUCCUUGCGAUCAAGAUCCUCAACACGGCCACGGCCAACACACCGAUCAAGCACAUUGCCGCGGAGGGGUAUACGGGUCUACGUACGAGUGCGCAGGGCGGAUUCUGCGACCGCCAGCUUUUGUAG